UCCGACUGCAGCUCUCAAGACCGGGGAUAGCGAAACAAGAGCGGCUUUCAAAUCGCAUUCCAACAACCGUAGGACACCUGCACACGUAUCGUCGAGCAUGGGAAUGUAUAUAUACGACAUACCGAUUUCACUGGAUAAUAUCUCUGCCACGCCCGGCAUAAAUUCUUGAGCUCGUGGAGUUAAAUCGUCGUCGUCGUCGUCGUCAAUUCGGCGUGCAAGCAGCGAAUAGACUACUGGCCUGGUUCGCGCAGAGCAGUCUGACACUAUGGGAAACAUCCACUCCUCUGGAUCUGCGCGCACAGUGUCCCGGUCAAUACUGUGCGGGCAUACUCAAUUGAGGUCCCACCAACUUGCAAAUGAGCGGCUAUGGAGUAGACGUAGCAUUGUCUCUACGUCUACGGGAGCCUCAGCAUCGCAUUUGCAAUCACGACCAAGCAGAAUCCACCUGUCUACGCACCACUAUCAUGCGAGCUCAUCCCUCAAGCAACACUCGAGUCGCAUUGGUGCUGAGCCUGGCAUAGACAGUGCGGCCCAUGGAUCUCACGUUGAACGACACAUGGUGAAUGCUAGCGUGGACAGUAGAAUAAACGUCGUGGAUUUCUCCGACGAGCACAUGGAGCAGGACAUCGUUCCGCCACGUUCUCUUCAACAAUUCCUCGACGAGCGGCCCACGCCGGCGUGGGCGAAAUGUCGAUGGAUACAUGUCAAUGGCUUAGACCUGGAUGUUAUUAAGCUUCUAGGCCGACACAAGCGCCUGCAUCGGCUGGCGAUUGAAGAUGUAUUCGAUCAACGUACGCCAACUAAAGUGGAUUGGUAUCAAGACCAUUGUUUCAUGGUAAUGCCCAUGCAGAAACUGCUCCAUAAUGAGGACUAUCAGCGGGUACCCGAAGAUCAGAGAGCAGAAAACCCUCUCUGGUGCUCGCCUUACAAUAUGGGACAUUCGCAAAGCGAGAAUAACCAUAAUCGGCGUCAUGCAUGGCGCACUCUUGCACACGAGACGCUCGGCAUUUCCACCGAGCAAGUGUCCAUCUUCCUCACGGCCGAUAAUACUGUAAUCACCUUGUUCGAGAGAUCGGGCGAUGAUGUACUCAACCCCAUCCUCGAACGACUGGAGUCGGCGCAGUCCGUUGUCCGCACGAGUAACGAUCCUUCCAUGCUCGUACAGGCUGUCAUAGAUGCCGUGGUUGAUCUGGCGAUGCCCAUUGCCCAAGCCGCGGCAGAUACGUUUGCUGAACUGGAACUCGCAGUGCUGAGGUCACCAAACAUAGCACAAUCGAAGCACUUGUACAUCCUCCGAUCGGCCUUGACGCAUUUCAACGACAACAUGAUCUCUACUGGUGGUCUUCUUAGGACAAUAUGCGACCACCAUAGCGCUGCUCCACGACCCAACAAUUCCGAUGUAGCAGCGGUGGAAUCUACAAAGACCCAGCCUCACUCUGCUGCCACAGCAAUAUCCCCAACCACAAGAGUCUAUUUACAGGACGUCCAGGAUCAUAUUACUGCACUGUUCACCUCUACCCGGGAGCAGAUUCGCGCCACCGAAAAUCUGACGAAUCUAAUCUUCAACACCAUCGCCGCCAGCCAGAAUGAGAGCGUUCGGAAACUAACUUUACUGUCGAGUUUUUUCCUCCCUCUCACUUUCCUGACGGGAUACUUUGGCAUGAAUUUCGACAUGCCGGGGGUGAAUGACAACAGCGACGCAGUGUUCUGGUGGAUUGCGACACCAGUAAUGCUUAUAGCGGUCCUCUUCUUAGGUCCAAAGCCGAGGUGGGUGCGAUCUCUCGAAUGGCGAAGGACGAGGUUGAAGCGAUCGAGACGAUCUUUCGAUCCGAAUGAACGACUAUGAUCAACACAGUCAUCGACAUGAGUUAAUGUUGGGUGUCCUGCCAUGAAGUGCAGCAUUUGAUAGCAUCAAUGAGGAGCGCUUUUGUACAAUAGAUAUCUUGUAGCCUUAAUUAUUCCUUCGCAGGGCAUUUUGUUGAAGGACUUUGCUUGGUAGACAAUGCAUGUUAUUGGGAGAGUGUACCCCAUGCCUUUACGGAGGAAUAGAUCUGACGGACAUGACGUUGAAACUCAUAAAUAGCAUCAUGA